AUGAGAGAAACCACUAAUAUCGCCUUGGCCCCCGAUCAACCUAGCAUUAUUCGUGUUGUACUCAUUUGCACAGCCAUUGCUCUUGGUGGCAUUAUUUUUGGUUAUGAUACUGGUUCCAUUUCCGGCAUGGUCAAUAUGACCAAGUACAUUGAAGCCGUUGGUGACCUGGAUAAGACUACAAACACUUAUUCAAUCCCCACCUGGCGAUCCGGCCUUAUUGUGGCUGGUGUCAGUAUGGGCGGUCUGUUUGGCAGUUUUGGUUUUGGAAAGGUUGCCGACCGUUACGGACGUAAGUGGGCCCUGGUCGGCUGCGCUGCAAUCAUCAACGUUGCCGUUGUGAUUCAAGCUGCAGCUUACCAGUCCUGGCCUGCUGUAUUUAUCGGUCGCUGCGUUGGUGGUCUUUCCAUUGGCGGUCUUUCGGCCAUUUGCCCCAUGUAUCUUAGCGAAACGGCCCCCAGUCAUAUGAGAGCUCUUUUGGUUUCUAUGUUUCAGUUUUUAAUCACAGUUGGUAUCUUUUUGGGCCAAACUAUUUCUCUAGGCUGCUCUUACUGGGAUAAUUCUAAUGGCCAGUUUUUGGUCCCCUUGUUGAGCAUUUGCGUUUUUGCAGUUGCAAUCAUUUGCGCAGUUUCCCUUUUUGUCCCCGAAUCUGCACGUUAUUUGAUUUCCAAAGACCGCGUCGCUGAGGCCCGUCAAUCCUUGGCAAAAGUUAUGAAUAUUCCAAUUAACGCCGAAAUUAUUGAACAAGAAAUUAUAGAUGUUCAGCGCGCUGUUGAAGCUGACCGGUCUACCGGUGAAUCUACUUGGAGAGAGCUAUUUAGCCAUGAAAAUCGUAUUCUUUACCGUGUUGUUCUAGGGGUUGCUAUUAUGAUGCUUCAGCAGCUCAGUGGUGUUAAUUACUUUUUCUAUUAUGGCACGUCUCUUUUCAAAGCUGUCAGCAAUAUGAAUCCUUUUGGUACUUCGAUGAUUCUUGGUGGUGUCAAUGUUGUUGGAACUAUAUGCUUUUUACCCAUAAUUUCCAAGUAUCCCCGCAGAAUAGUUCUCAUGAUGGGAUCUGCCGCCAUGUUUGUUGCCUUUAUUUUGUUUGCUUGCAUUGGAAGUUUUGCUCUCUAUGACGAUGCAAACAAUGUCAAGAGUAGCGUUGGAGGCGGUAUGAUUGCACUGGCUUGUAUUUUCAUUGUUGCUUUUGCCGGAACAUGGGCACCCGUGUCCUUUGUGGUCAUUUCUGAAAUGUUUCCGCAACGUAUUCGAUCAAAAGCCAUUAGUCUUGCAGUCGCUUCAAAUUGGUUGGUUAAUACCGGCAUUACUUUUUUGACUCCAACUGCUACUGAGCAUAUUGGCUACAAGUUUGGUUUUGUCUUUUCCUUCUUCACUUUUAUUUCUAUCUUUGUCGUUUACUUUUUUGUUUAUGAAACUAAAGGCCAUACGUUGGAAAAUAUUGAAGUAAUGUUUAUGUCUGGUAUCAGUGCUCGCCAGUCUUCUUCUUGGGAGCCUCUAGCUGAUGAUAGCACUGAAAUUAAGGAUGAAUCUUCCUAUAACGCUUGA